CACAUUUUCCAGUUUCAUCCUGAGAAAUUCAUCAGAGUGAAAUACCUCUGAUUUUUGUGAAAUAUUCCUAAGAUUGGUGGGUGGAAGGCGCAAAAAAAAGUGUAGGACAAUGAAGUUUCAGAUAAUGUCUCUGAUUCUUGCUGCGGCAAGCGUCGGAGCACUUGAGAUUUCGUCCGUCCUGGAUGCCGCAGCCUCCCCUAAGGUGGCCACACUCGGCUGCCACAGACGCAUCUACACCUACCGCGUAACGCAAACUGACCACAAGGGACGUGAGUGCUGGGAUGAUGUGAGCGUCAUGAGUUGCUGGGGCAGAUGCGAUUCCAAUGAAAUUUCCGACUGGAAAUUCCCCUUCAAGCGUUCCUACCAUCCUGUCUGUGUCCAUGCUGGACGUUCUCCGGCUGUUGCUGUCUUAAAGAAUUGCCAUCCAGAUGUUGAGCCUGAAACUAGACGGUAUCACUACACAGAAGCCGUUGCUUGCCACUGUCAGACAUGCUCAACACAGGACACCAGCUGUGAAGCUCCCAAGGAAACACACAAUGAAUCGGCUGUGAAGGUGUUAGCUCUCACUGGACCAGUUCCCGAUGAUCUGGAUUACUAGAAACUCAUAAAAAAAUCUAUUGACCAGAGCCUGAGCAAGACAUUCAUCAAUAAAUCCUGCAAAUGAUAAUACGCUCUUUUUCACGAAGGGAUAUUAAUUUGUUCUCAGAUCAAAAUAGUGGACUAGUUAUUUGAAUUCUAGAAAUUCCGAAUUCAAACCCCUUAUUUCGGAAAGUAUCUCACUUCUGAACAUGUUGUACAUUUAACAAUUUAACGUAAAAAAGUGGUUAUUUUCACGUAACGUAAUUUAUCAAAAUCGUUCUUCUUCUUACAAAAUUUACACUUCACACUUAAUCCAAAAGAAUUUUGUGCUUUAUUUUCCUCUCAUUUUGAAUAACCUUGCAUGAUCCUCAUUUUAGUUUUUUUCAGGUUCGAUCGUUAAAUAGAUCUGGGGAUCGUAUUUCUCAAUAGAUUUGACUAAAGUUUGAUUAAUUUGAAAGGCCUUAGAAGUCUCCAUCAUCUUUGGAUCAUUACCGAAAGAAUUAUCUAACUCCCCUAUUUACUUAAGAAAUAAUUACGUUAUUCUUCCCUUAUUACGCCACUUGGGUAUGAAUAAGCAAAAACAGCCCAAGUAAAACAAUUUUGCGGAUUUUUCUUGCUCAGACUUUUUCCAUAAGAAACUUUUGCAUCAACCAUUGGACAUUCUUUCAGGUUUUUUUGUAGCCACCUUGAGAUGAAUUGUACUAAGAAAUUACUAAGCACCUGACUCUAAACAAAAAUGUAAAAAAAAUGCAAGAAAUCUCAAUAAAAUUUUGUGCAUAGAAA